AUGUAUAAAAUGGAGUAUUCUUACCUAAAUUCCUCUGCCUACGAGUCAUGUAUGGCCGGGAUGGACACGUCGAGCUUGGCAUCGGCCUACGCGGACUUCAGCUCGUGCAGUCAGACCAGCGGCUUCCAGUACAAUCCCAUCAGGACCACUUUCGGGGCCACCUCCGGCUGUCCGUCCCUCACGCCGGGGUCCUGCAGUCUGGGGACCCUGCGGGAUCACCAGAGCAGCCCGUACGCCGCAGUUCCUUACAAACUCUUCACGGAUCACGGCGGACUGAACGAGAAGAGAAAGCAGAGGCGCAUCCGGACCACGUUCACCAGCGCGCAGCUGAAGGAGCUCGAGCGGGUUUUUGCCGAGACCCACUACCCGGACAUCUACACCAGAGAGGAGCUGGCACUCAAAAUCGACCUGACUGAAGCCAGAGUGCAGGUGUGGUUCCAAAACCGGCGCGCCAAAUUCCGCAAGCAGGAGCGCGCGGCUGCGGCGGCCGCGGCGGCUGCCAAGUCUGGGUCCGGCAAGAAGGUUGACUCCAGGGACGAAGACAGCAAAGACACUAAAACCACCGACCCCGACAGCACAGGAGGACCAGGCCCAAACCCGGUUCCAACCUCCAACUGCGGCGGACCGAGCCCCACCGCAGGCCAAAUUAACACCACCGGCAACGGACAGGUGGACCAAGUGAAGACCUCGGUGUCCACCGGCAUGGGAGUGACGGCACCGAGCCAAGGCUGGGCCGCCGCGCCCGGCACCAUCACAUCCAUCCCGGACUCAUUGGGGGGGCCCUUCGCCAGCGUACUGUCCUCUUUGCAAAGACAGAAUGGAGCGAAAGCUACGUUAGUAAAAACCAGCAUGUUCUAAUGCAGCUUCUGCGCUGGGGAAGAGAAACAAACGGCGCAGAGGGAAAGAGGAGUUUCCUCCUCCUCCAGAGACUGAACUGAAGCCGAGGACAAUAAGAAGCAGAUAGAAAAAGGACGAACAGUUGUUUUAUUUUUAGGCCUUGUGCCUUCUCUUGUGUUCAGCAGUUUCCUGUAAAAUAUUCAUCUUACAAGUCAAAUAAGAUUAUUUUAUUCUUGAAACGAAUGCAGGUAUUCCACCCAUUUGAAAAAGUAAUCAACGUAAAAAGGAGGUAUGGGAGGUCAUACUUUCACCCUUAAACUGUAAGAAGACCACAUCAUUUUGAAACAGACCUCAAUUCAUUUUAAAACAGAGAAACGAUUCAAAUGACUUGGUCUGGUGGUUAUUUUUUGGACGGUGCGCUG